AUGAGUUUUCGUGGUUUCAACAAUCCAAAUAGAAACCCCAACAAGAGAGGAAACAAUCAAGGGUCAAAUGAAAACAAUAACGUUAGAACAUUAUCAGAUUUAAAUAGUGGGGAUGACUUUGCUGAUGACGAUAAAGAUACUAAUUUUUUCACUGGAGGAGAAAAGUCAGGGCUACAAGUUCAAGACAAUUCCAACAGAGACAGCAGAAAUGAACAAAUUCGAAAUAUAUUAGAAAAGUUAACUCAAAGAGCCAGAGAGGAUAGUAAUAAAGAAGAUGUUGAAACAGGAUUAUCCAAUUUAAGUGGCAAUAAUAAGUUUAGUGGUAGAGGAUUUAGAUUAGGUACGGAAAAUAUUGAUAGUGAAAUAAUUCCAGAUCCCAACCAAAGAGAAGAAAGUGAAGUUAAAAGCGAGGAGGAAGAAGAGGAAGAGGAGGAAGACAUUUAUAAUGCCAAUUUAAUUAUCUGGAAAGAUGGAUUUACAAUUGAUGAGACGUUUUACUCGUUUGAAAAUGAAGAGAAUCAAGAUCAUAUUGCCAAAUUGUCAAUCGGGUUUGUUCCGGCCAAACUAUUUCCGGAUUUGAAAUAUAAUCAAAAGAUUAACAUUGAGCUAAUUAAAAGGGAAGAUGAAAAAUAUGAUGCAUAUAAACUGAAGAUGUAUUUGGAAAAAAUAAACGAGAAAAAGGAAGAAUCUAAAAAAGGAAGCAAUACCAAGAAGACUCCGAAAUUUUAUGGUACAGGACAUCGAUUGGGUUCAGUCAUUCCCAAUAUAAAUCAUGGUGAGGUUAGUCAAGAUGUUGAAGAAAGUAGUCGAAGUGAUAAUAGUAAUAAGAAUGUUGCUACACAGGAGACAAAAAAAGAGCAGGAAAAAGGAAAAGGAAAGGAAAAAGAAAAAGAAAAAAGUGAAGGAGAUACAACGGUUAUGAUCAGAUUUGCAGACCGAAGAAAUUUGAAGGUAAGAGUUUUCAAACAUCAAUCAAUUGAUCAGAUUUUUAAAUUUGUCGAUGAGAAGAUAUAUGAGAAUAAUAGUUAUGGCAAUAAUCACGAAGGUCAAGAGUUUGAAAAUAGCAACGAUAUAUUCAGAGAAUGGUUUUUAUGCUUUACUUAUCCACUAAAAGAGAUUGAGUAUGAUCCCAAAGUAACAAUUGAGGAGGCAGGAUUAGCGAAUUCAGUUGUGAUUCAAAGAUGGAAAAAGUAA